AUGUCCGAGGUCAGAAGCGAGUCUGUUAAAUCUCGUCAGAAGUCAUUAAUUUCUAGACCAAUAAGAGGUUCUUCUUGUAGUAUACCUGAUGAAAUACUUAAGUUUGACUACUCCUAUGGAUACGACUGCAAGCGCCCAUUUAACCUCUGUAAAAUCGAUGACGACGUUUUGGUGUAUGCAUCAGGAAAUCUGAUACACUUUUUCGAUGUGACAAAACAAACCGUUACCACCCGGAGAAGUUCAACCGGCGGUGGAAUUGGUUGCAUCCAGAUAAAUCCCAGUCCAGAACUGUGCCAUCUAACAGUGGGAGAAAAUGGCACCAACCCGCCAAUCAUCAUCUAUAAUUAUCCAGAGAUGACAGUUGUCAACAUCCUGAACAAUGGCACGGGUGAAGCUUACAGUCGGGUGGACUAUAGUACCGAUGGAGAACUGCUAGUGUCGCAGGGUUGUGAUCCCGACUAUAUGCUUACCGUGUGGAACUGGCGCGAUGGUGAGAUCAUAUUGCGCUGCAAGUCAUUUUCGAAUGACGUCAUAAAUGUGAUGUUUUCACCGUCCGUACCCGGCCAUCUGACAUCCUGUGGGCUCGGUCACAUAAAGUUCUGGAAAAUGGCUCAAACCUUCACCGGACUCAAGCUGCAAGGUGAACUUGGACGUUUCGGAAAGACUGAGAUAUCCGACAUCAUAGGGAUCCUGCCGAUGCCAGACGAAAAGGUUCUCUCUGGUUGUCAAUGGGGAAACAUCUUGGUAUGGGAAGCUGGUUUGAUAAAGCUAGAGGUUUGUCGCAAAGGACGCAAGCCUUGCCAUCAGGCUCCUAUAACGCAGAUUAGCGUUCGCGACGGCGAAGUCAUGACUAGCGGAAUGGAUGGAUUCAUUCGCAUUUGGUUCUGGGAAACGGUGGAAUUGGCUGACCCUCCCGAUGAUGACAGAAUGGUGCAAAUUGAACCCAUAAUGGAGUUCAAAAUUGGAACAGAAAUUUACACCAGUGAACUUACGUGUUUGAUCAAAAAACAGGGUGAUUUCGAAUGGUACGCUCAGGACGGUAAGGGUGGUAUUUGGGUAUGUGACAUAACUCCAGCAUAUAAGCCAGCAACUCCCCGUCAAUUACUUAAAUGUCAUUCCGGACCUAUAAUGGCUGUUCAAGCCAGUCCAACCUCCCAUCAUGUGGCCACACUGGGUGCCGAUGGCCGAUUGUUUAUGUACAAUUACCAAAAACAGAAAAUGAUUUUCAAUCAUCAAUUCAAAUCAAGUGGUCGAGCGAUGCUGUGGUUUCCUGUCUCUCUCGAUCCAACAGGGAUGGUGUUAGCUCUCGGAUUUGAAGACGGUUGCAUUCGAAUCGUUGCUGUUAAUUUUGAUGACAGCAAAUCAGAAUGUCCAGUACAACUUAUUCAGAUAAUAAAAUCCCACUCCAGUAGUAUAACGGUUCUUGCAAUGAAUCAAAGGGAAACAAUACUUGUGUCUGGUUCGGAAGACAAUUCAAUUUUUGUACAUCAGAUUAUUCGACAAUUUCCUAGUGUUACCAUCGAACCUAUCGGAAUGGUUUAUACGCCAUCCCCCGUAUCCACCAUCAAUUGGAAACCUAAAACACCCACAACUGUACUUAUCGGGUGUCUACAUGGACAGGUCCUGGAAGUAGAGCUUCCUGAAGAACCAGUUACUUACACCGAUAAGUCCUACCACCUGAAAAAUAUCGAUAUAAGACAACUAACGUUUCAAUCGGUAAAAUCGGAAAUCAAAAGAAAUAUACGCAUUGCAGAGAUUGAAGAGCGAAAGCAACAAAAACGCGCACGAAAAAUGAAAUCACUGGAAAGAAUACGGAUUGAAAAUCCAGGAGUGGAAAUUGAUGAAGUUGCCUUUUUAGAAGAUUCCGACGAUGAAGAAGAACUCGAACCAUUACACAUUCCAAAAAUCCCAAACGCUGUUCUGUGGGUUCAGUAUACUGCGGAAAACACUCUGUGGCUUUCGAUGGGUGGCUAUGAUGCAGGAUUCGUUUACGAGUAUGGGUUUGACGAUGAAGAUCCAUUAUCCUGUACCCCAGUGCACGGAGCAGAAGAUACGGAAAUUACUGCUUAUCUUUAUGAUCAAAACUACAUAGUGUUUGGUAUGGGUGACGGAUCCAUUCGUUUAAAUCGGGUGAAAAAAGAUUUCCGAGAUCUUAGCGAUUAUUGGACACUGAAUAUGCACUACAAUUUAAACGGAAAAGUAACUGGUCUGGCAUAUAGUUAUGACUAUCGCUAUUUAUUCAGCAUAGGAACUGAUGGCAAUCUGUUUUCCUACAAGUGGUAUGCAGAUACAGCUCCUAUUGAGUUACAGAAAACUAAAUCAUUGGAAAAGAAACGAGCUAGUGUACCCGAUAUUGUAGAUUUAGAAUAUCUUUCAUUGGAGGAACAGAAGAUUAAACAAGAAAACGACAGAAAAGCAAAGCUGUUGAAUGAUCGCAAGAAUCGUGUGCUUGAAACUAUUGCCGAAUACAGAAAACAAUUCGAAGAAAUUCUUGCACGAAAUGACGAGCUGCCGGAGUCGCAAAGAAUUCCGCAGGAAGAAUUUACUCUCGAUCAACGAAUCGUCGACGAUCUAGAACAGGAACUCCAAGCCGAGAUGGAUCUCGUUCGCCAGAAGACGGCUUUCGAUGUUGAAAAGGCUCGACUGUCCGGAGAAAAGCUCAAGCGAUUUUUUCUCGAUGGAAUCGAAAGCAUCCCCAUUCAGGUUCUUGGAGUUAGUGUAGCAACGUCGGUAAAGUCAUUUCGCAUUCACAAGCUAAGCGAAGAAUAUCACCAAACGGUAGCGGACUUGGAGGAACGAAUCAGGGAAGAAGAGGCACGUAAGAGACGUUUCAUGGAACUAUGUAAAACGCCGGAGGAUAGAAUGACGAAAGCUUCCGAACAGACCAGACUUGAUGUGCGCGAAGAUUCACAGCUUGACAGAAAAGAGUCAUUUCUUGAAGGUUUAACGCAGUCCACGAUAGAUUUCAAGCUGGAAUCUAAAAUGAGACGCCUACUAGCCAAGUACCGUGAGCGGAAGUCUAAGGAACGUAUCCGGAAGAUGGAGUGGGACGAGUUGAAGGCCAGAAAACCAGACCCUAAUGUCAAUCACCCCGACGAUGAUAUUGCUAUCAAAGAGGCAGCUAGCUCGAUCGGAGAUUAUAAGCUAAAAACGGAUCCAGAUUAUAACCCCGAAGAAAAAGAUCGUGAAACUACUCUUACCAAAUAUCGCGAUCUCCUGCAUGUUAGAGAAAAGUUGUUUACAAUAAAAAACGAUUACAACAAACAAGUUUUCGCCUUGCGGGGCAAAAAAAUGGAGCUAUUAAAAUAUGUUGAAAUGAAAAACAAAAAAUUGCUGGAAAUUCAUGAAGAGUUACCCGAAGAAAAACGAAAAAUGUCUUCGAUUGACAUAAAAAUAAAUCCUGAUUUGGAAUUUCCGGAAAACGAAUUCAAGCUGGACGUACCGGAAGAGGCAACAGUUCACCCGCAAACCUCACCCGAAAAGACAUGGACACAGAAGCAGGCGGAGUACUCAGAUAAAGUUCUAAAAUAUGCCCUUGGGUUGGCACCAUCGCCGGAUGGAACACCCUAUGUACCUAUCGGUACAGACCGAGAAAAGGAGAUGCGUGAAAUUCGACUCACCAGAAAGCUUUUUAAACAGGAUAAAAUUAUUGCGAAAAUCACGGAUCGGGUAAAUGAUUUUGACCGGCAAAUAGAGCAACUUGCUGAAAAUCGUAUACAAGUUGAAGUCGAUGCAAAAUACCUUGAAAUUCAUCAACUCACACUCUAUCAGGAAUUAUGGAUAUUGAAGGAUUUCGAAAAAAUUGAACAAAAAAUGAUUAACUCUGUGGAAGAAUUAACUAUUGAGCGUAACGGACUUCAGAAGGAUAUGAUCGCAGCAAAUUACUCCAUAGAGCAAACUAAACAAGAAAUGGAUAUGAUUCGAAAGGAACAGAAGGUUGUAAUUCAGGAGUUUACAGCAAACUGUUCAGAUAAUUCUUUUGCUGUUUUUCUUAAGAGAAUUUUCAAGAAGAAAUAUAGACCUUGUCGAAUUAACAAUGAUCGGUACGAAACGGAAUCAUCGAGUGAAUAUUCCUCCGAAGACAUUGACGCUCUGGAAAACGCCGUGGACGGUGAAGUCAGUAAAAUAUUUCUCGAUGAGCAACCUUGCCCGAACGGGUGUGAUCCUGAUUUGUAUGAGCUGACAAUCAAAUUGCGAAACCAAAAGAAUGAGCUAGAGAAAAAGUAUUACGAGGAGAACAAAACACUUAACGAGACGAUUAAAACAAUGGAGACUAUAAAAAUGAAGAUAUCUCUUGUACAAACGAGACUUGCCGAUAAGAACAAGGAGCUGAUGAAUUUUCGGCGCGAGAAACAAACCCGUUUGAACGACAUAAACACUUUGGUUAUUUUAAAGAUGGAUCAAUUGCAGUACUUCAGAACAGAAGCCGAAUUUUAUGACAUCGAAAAUAGUUUGCUGUUUAACAAUGAAAAAUUAAUGAAACUAUAUGCUCGUGUUGGUCAACUGGCGAUGGAAACGCUCGAAACGAAAAGGAAACAUAGAAUCAAUGUUGUUCAUCUAGCCAGAAUGCGCACUGAUAUCAAGUACAUGGAUCAACAGAUUAUAGAACUCAAAGAGCAAAUCAUUGAGGCAAUGAUUAAGAAAUUUGGUAGAGUCAUAAACUUAGAUGAACUAGAAGAAACAAUUUUAAGAAAGUUUGCAUUCGAAAUGAGAGCCAAUAUGGACGAUGUCAGGAAAAGCUAUGCAGAACGGGUUAGGGACCUGAAGGUCAUCUAUUCCAAGAAACAAGAGGAACUAGCAAGAGUUAUUCAAGAGGGAACGGAAAAACUACACGUAUUGACGGUACUUCAAGAAGAGUAUAAUAAUUUAACAAAAAUGUUGGCAAAUCAAAAAAAGUUUUUGGAAAGAAAAGAGCAAGAACCGGUGAAUUACGAAGCAGAUCUUGUCAAAUUAAAAGAGAUAGCCAAAGCUCAAAAGGAGCAAAUCAAUAUGCUGCAACGAGAAAUUCGCACACUCAGCAUCAAAUGCAAACCACUCAGCACAGAUGGAGCUCAGAUCAUUGAACCCGCUGUCGGACAAGAAAGAACAGCAAGAGUUCCGGAUGAUUCAACGUAUCCAAACGUAAUGGACUCGGCACCACCUAGUACCAGAGCCAGCUCGCCAGAUAACUUUUUGUACAAUGAAAUUUCCUCUCUGGUAGAUGACUUUUUAACUGAUCAUCUUGGAACGAUUGUGCAGAAAUCUGAUAUCAAGCGAGUCGUAACGCACUUAUCGCACUACUUAUCCAACAUUAUAGCAAACUUCGCACCUGAACAUGCAAGCGAUUUACUGCCCCACAUCAUCGAAAACUUCAAAUCCUUUAUACCCGAGGAGCUACUUCUAACGAUACCUCCCCAAUCAAUUGCCGAGUUAAUCGAAAAUAUCUUCCGUACUUUCAAGGAAGGAUACGAUAUUGAUACGAAAGAAAUAUUGAACGAAAUAGUCAACAAUAGCUUGGAAAUGGUUCCCCCUGCUUCUCAAAACUACUCGCAUAAUAUUCUUGCUGACAUUCUCAAACAAGUAUUGUCAACUCUUCACAUAACAGACAUCAACCAUCCCGAAACAGUGACCUUCAUAGCCAAUGGCCUCCGAAAUAAACCAGGCAUUGAUCCAGCCGCGGUUAACAUUGACCUGCUUUCGACGGAACUGCUGCAGUACUCGUCGGAAAACAUGGUCGAUGACGUCAAUCACAGCACAAUCAAGCUAAUAAUCAGCGGAAUCCUACAACAGAGCUCCACAUAA